AUGACUACUCUAAUUAAUAAAUAUGAUAAUAAAUGUGCAUUGCAUAAAGAUUUUGAUAUUAGAUUAGUUUGUUCAACAUGUAAGGUAGUAGUAUGUGAUGGAUGUAUUGUUUCAGAUCAUAAUGGUCAUAGAUUUGAUUUUAUAAAUGCAGAGAAUUCAAAAACAAUCUUUGAAGAAUUUAAAAAUAAUCACAUUCAAAAUUUAGAUAAACAAAUUGAUAUCAAUAAUGAGUUAUUAAAUGAAUCAAAUAAUUUAUUUAAAUCAUUAGAAGAUAAACACACUGAAAAUGUAAAUACAAUCACAGAAGUAUUUAAAGAACUCUCCAAAUUAUUACAAAUCAUUGAAAUUGAUAAAAUCAAACAAUUAGUAACACUCUAUGAUGAAAAUAAAGAUAUCAAUACAAACAUUUCAACCACUAUACAUGAUAAUUUAAAUAAUAUUAAUUUAAUUACAAAUAAAUAUAAAAAUACAAUAAAUCAUAUAAAUAUUGAUCAAAUCAUUAAUAAUAAUAAAAAUAAUAAUAACUAUCAACAUAUUGAAAUAUUAAAACAUUGUUAUCAAUCACGACUGUUAAUAAAAGAUAAUCAAAAUGAAAAUAAAAUCCAAGAAUUAAUAAAUCAAUAUAAAAAUGUAAAUAUUGUAAAUAAUUGUGAACAAGUUAAAGAAUCAAUUAAAGAAAUAUUCGAAAUUAGCAAUUCUCUCUCUAUUACAAAUGUAAAGGACCCAAAAAGAGUUACUGCUGGUGGAAAUGAAUGUUUUAUUUAUAAAGAUGAUUCUAUCAUUCCAAAUGGUACAACUCAUGUAGCGAUUGCACCAAGUGUUAAAACAGUUAAAAUAGGUUCAAUUCCAACAUCAGUUAAAUGUGUGAUAUUACUUGAUGGAUUCAAUGUUAAACUAACAGAAGGCAUGCUACCACAAUCAAUUACACAUCUUUUUGUAGGUGCAAUUAGAAAACCAUUAUUAAAAAGUUCAAUACCAAAUGGUGUUUUAAAUUUGUUUUUUUUAGAUGGAUUUAAUCAAGCAAUAAGUGAAAUACCACAAUCAGUUAAAGAAUUAUUACUUUUUGACACUCCUUUAACAAAAUUCCCAUAUUCUAAAAACAUAUUCAGAAGCACAAAAUAUAAACAACAAAUCACUCACCCAAGGGUGUAUACUUGGGAUACUGCUUAUUAUUGGGAGCCUAAAAUUGAAUUUUAA